CUUUUUGGGUUAAGUGGCACUGUAUAAAUUUGGCAAACCAGGGAGGCUCACCAUCAAUUUGAUCCAAUUGCAGGACACACCUCUUAGGCGAUAACAGUGCUCGUUUCUCGACUUUGCGAAGCAGAUUUUAAGAUGUCUCAUUCAAAAUAUGUUUUAGCUGAUACCAUGAAGAUGACAUGGCUUAUGGAGGGCUGUGUCAAUGGUCAUGCGUUCACCAUCGAAGGAGAAGGCACCGGCAAACCUUACGAAGGCAAACAAACGGGGACAUUCCGUGUUACAAAGGGCGGACCCCUUCCAUUUGCCGUUGACAUAGUGGCACCGACUUUGAAGUAUGGAUUCAAAUGUUUUAUGAAGUAUCCUGCUGAUAUUCCUGACUAUUUCAAGCAAGCAUUUCCCGAAGGUCUGACAUACGACAGGAAAUUAACAUUUGAAGAUGGAGGGAGUGCCACGGCCACCGUGGAAAUGAGCCUCAAAGGCAACACUCUUGUGCACAAGACCAAUUUCCAAGGAGGCAACUUUCCCAUCGACGGGCCUGUCAUGCAAAACAAGACGCUUGGCUGGGAACCAACCUCGGAGAAAAUGACUCCUUGUGAUGGAACAAUCAAGGGAGACACUAUCAUGUACCUUUUGGUCGAAGGAGGGAAAAUGCUGAAAUGUCGAUAUGAAAACAAUUACAGGGCCAAGAAGGUGAUACACGAGAUGCCACCGAGCCAUUUUGUGGAUCUCCGCCUUGUGAAAACCAACCUUGAUAAGGAAGGUUUGAAGUUUCAACUGGAAGAACAUGCAGUGGCAAGAAUCCUCGAGGUUUGAGGAUUACUGGGGAGUCACUAUCAUUGUG